AUGCCUUUGUGGGAGAGGUCCGAGGGGGGCAUCUUCGUGGGUGAACGCGGAGCUGGGUCAGGGUUGCAUGUGGAUCAGUGUUUGUGGUCCAACGUUGGCCGCAACUGGUCUGGAUUCAAGCUUUUUGCACUGUGGCCUUGGUGCGAGCGACAUCGCAUACUUGAUGAAGCUGGCAAAGGUGCUAUUUUCCGUCCUCCAUUGACUAAAACGGAGGAGGGGUUUCUCAGCCGUGCCAAGACGGUCGCACUGGUUGGACCUGGAGACGUUUGGGUCUUUAGCGGUGGACAGCCGCAUACUGCAAUGUGCGUUGGCGAUGGCGUGAAUGUUUGUGCCUAUGAGCCUGGCGCCUGCUGCAAAGUCGCUAGACGUGAUUUGCAUGUUAUGCUGAUUGGUAGCAUGAAGCUGAUGCUGCGCUGA